GCUGAAUAAGACCAUCCACGCACGACCAAACCAACAGUCGACCAAUCGAGGUCAUGGGUCGGUGUUCUUCCAGCGGGGAAAUCAGGCGAGGCGAAAACAUUAGUGAUCCGGAUGUCCGUGGUCGACGUUGAAAUUACAAGCACAUCCCACCUGCAGAUCGCCAUUUUGGCCUCGACUGCAUAGUGGUUGCAACGACAGGAAAACGUGGUCAAGCUUUCAAUUACACUCGCCCUGUUCGCCGUGCCGCCUUGAUUUUGCCCGACACCGUGGUGCAAAGUGAAACGGAAACUUGCAGAAAUUGGACCAAGGCUCACAGAAUGACGUACGAAUCCCAGGUGUCGUUCACCUUGGAUACCAUCUGUCCGUGGUAAGACAUCCGUCGACCUUGAUCCUGGGAAAGUUGGCCGCAUUUGAAAUCUGCCAGUUGUGUCGGUUCGUAUUUGCGCUGAUUGUCAAUCUUCAGGACGUAUUUGGCAAAGAAAAGGUUUGGUUUUGGUCUAGGAACACAACAUCUUCGAGGAUGUCGCUGAACAGCUGACCCGCUUGUAUCGCAUUCUAGACUGGAUGAAGCUCUCCGUCGAUUCGGACAAAGUGAAGAUGCGAAAAGUACCACCUUCGUAGUCAAGUACUUCCCUUACCAGUUGAGUCCAGAUGCUCCCAAGGAAGACAUGAAUAAACGCGAAUGGUAUGGAAAGACUCGCUAUGGUGACUCAGAGGAGAAGAUGAAGAUGUAUACCACGUUGAUGACUGCCUACGGUGACAGUGCUGGCAUCAAGUUCAAAUUUGGCGGCACAAUCUCCAACACUCUGGAGGCACACCGUGUCAUUCAAUAUUUCCAAGAGAAAAAGGGACUCGAGACGGCCGACAAAAUCAUAAACUCGUUAUAUUAUCAAUUCUUCGAGGACGAGAAAAGCCCUGCAUCUGAUGAAACAUUGUUGAAGGCUACCGCCGAUGCUGGUAUUCCUGGAGACGAAGCCAGAGCGGUUAUUGAGGACAAAAGCGAGGGUCUAAUGGAUGUAAAGGCGCUGAUCCGCGAACAGGCGUCAAACGGCAUAGACAGCAUCCCAAACGUCCUUUUCGAAGGUAAGAAGAGAGAUUUUACACUGGUCGGGGCCAAGGAUGUCGAAGAAUAUGAGAAGGUGCUGCAUCAGAUUGCAAAAGAAAGUAAUUAGAUCAACAAGGUCGAAGGUUGAAAUAAGGCAGAGAACGUUGAUGAGGUUGGAAUGUGGUUAGAUUGCUUGGUUCAUCCUCAUAUAACAACAAAAUACCUCUUCUCUGCAGCCACGGCAUCGACCAGGUACCGAGAAGUUCACCUAGCCAACAUUCUGUGUUUCUCGCUGGUCUUCGUUUCUUCAUAGCUCU